AUGUGUGUGCUAUUGCAGAUCUGCAACACAUCGAAGACAAGCAGAAGAGUUACCAGUGACCAGACGAAGAUUCAAAGUGGUUUUAAACACUGUGGAAGGUGUAUGAUGGCGUACUGUUUGGUUCGUCUGGGAUUAAUAGUUCCAUUACUAUUGAGUCUACUGCUCCGACCGUCUACAAUGUCGUAUGUUUCGUACAAAAAAACAGUGACUACAUCGAUUGGUGACUCGGCCAUAGCCGUGACAGAUGACAUUGAAAAUACGUGCUUACAAAUAAAUACCGUAGAACGGCUGGAAAUCAACAUGGAUAAAGUCUACAGUGUUUCGAUGGUUACGAUAAUUAACCAUGUUGGUUCAGGUGAAUGCACAAUGGAUCCAAAUAUGCGAGACUACAGAGGAAUCGUCAGUAAAACAGCAAGUGGUCGUGAUUGCCAAAAUUGGUUUGAGCAAUGGCCUCAUAGCCAUUCAUACCCACCCUAUGCGCAUAACCUUUGUCGCGCCGAUGAAUGGCACGAGGUGUGGUGUUACACUUUAGAUGCUGCUGUCAGGUGGGAAAGGUGUGACAUACCUGAUAUCGGUGAAACCUGUCCCCGUGCUCCAUUCACUCGAUAUUUACGUCCGCUAAACACUUGUUAUGGAGUUUCUCAUUGGCUGAUAUUCAAAGAGUCAAAACUUGUAGCGGGUGUAACUGACUUAAGUGGACAGCCUGUGAAAAUUAACGUCCCAAUGAACAUCAAAGCUAGAAUACCUAAUAACGAAAGAUUCCAGCACUGCAGAAAUACUUUUACACUUUCGUUCUACAUUUUUCCGUACAAAAUUUCAAAUGGUCCAAUAAUAGCAUUCGGAAAUGACAACACGAGGUUUUCUAUCGUUCAGACACUCUCGAAUGAUGCCCUUUAUAACUCCGAGGUAAUUGUUUCUUAUGGAAUAGCGGAGAUUGUCCACGCAAAAGUACUUCUACCGGAGAGCUGGACAUUUCUUGCCGUCACGUUUGACGGCCAGCAUAAAGUUUUGACACUUUGGCGGGAUGGAGAAAUUGCAAGCUUUGGAAAUACUGGAUUUACGAGCAUUCAGAUGGAUUUCGAUGACAUCGAAGUUGGGUCGGAUGCAGUGGGGUAUGAUGGUGUAGUGGCUGAAGUAGGCUAUCUACAAAUUUAUGACCGUAUCUUGAACGAAGCAGAGAUGAAAGCAGCCAGAGACAAACAGAUUUCUAAAUGUGAUGGCUUGUUUCAUGUUACUUCGCCACCUGAUUAUUCCGAAGAACAACCUAUUGUAACUUCAGAAGUACCAUCUACCAUUGUGUGUGCCUUCAGAUGUCAUCACAACCUGGAUUGUUUUGUAUUUCGAUACAACUCGGGAACCAAAGUGUGUACAGAGUUUCAGACGGAUAUUUUAGAUGCAUCGAAUAAUCAUCCGAUUUAUAAAUGGAGGCCUGCAUACAAAAUUUGAGGAAUUUACUGCUAAAAAUAAUGGUUACUAUCCAAAUUCAUUUACGUAAUACACAUAACUCUCCACAACUACCAUGCAAUUUGAUUGUGAUGUGUCAAGUGCGUCCUCAACGGUGCAUAAAAAUCGUCGCUUUUAAAUUUAGGCUCAGGAGAAAAAAAUUAAUUUUUAUGAUUAAUUUUUUUUAUGAUUAAUGAGAUAAAGAUUUUUGAAUAGGAGGAAAAUGGAGUAACUAACCCUUUCCUCCAGUUUAUAAAUAUUCAAAAAUUGAAUCACAUUAACCGUUCCAGAGUUUUUCGUCAAAUAUGUUUUUUUGUGUCUAUAGAAAAAUCAGUUUUGUUUUCACCCGGAGCCUGACUUUAUAACUUUAUACACAAUGAGGCAAAUGUUGAGCGAUACUACCGGAUCGUUAUGUAAUUAUUAUAUUCAUCCACAGUGUAACUAUCAAAGUAUGGUGUAUUCGUAUCCUGGUGUCAUAGCUUAGCGCACUUACUACAUAGCUGUUAGACGUCAUUGAUUAAAAUUAAAUGUAAACCAGUAGGACCAGUAGGUCUUUGAUUGAAACCUAUUUUUGACACUGUAAACACGUAAAAUAAAACCCGUAGAAGCUCUACAGGUCUAAUAAUAAUGAUGAAUAAUAUUAAUCAUCUUUAUAAUAAUAAAAAUAAUUUUUACACAACAUUUGUAGAUAACCAGAGGAGAAAUAUGUUAUCUUAGACUUAUUUAUACGUCGAAGUGCGUUAUUUUCUGUUCAUUUCCUCUUUGUUGUUGUAUUUGCUGUCUUAGAAGGGAGGCGACAGGAACAGACUCAUAAGCUUAAUAAAUCUGAAGAAUUUGAGCUGAGAGGGGGGGCGAUACAAUGAACAUUUAUUGGUUUAUUUUUUAAAAUCCUAUCAUUAUUAUUUUAAAAUCCUGUUAUUAUUAUUAUUAUUAUUAUUAUUAUUAUUAUUAUUAUUAUUAUUGCAAACCAAACGAGACUGCUUUGAAGCUUUUAAAAAACUUUCUUCUUCUUUCGACACUGUUUCCACAAAAUUUUUUUUACAUUUUUUACUCUUUACAACAGGAUGGUUUUUUUUUAUACAGCAUCCAACUGUUUAAAAUUGUUUUACUUUCUUUUAAAAUUCUUUUAUUAUCGGCUUGAUGGAUGUUUUUUCCGGUAAUCUUUAAUUAAUAUGUUCGUU